CAGCGAAACGACGGUCAACGAACAAGAAACGGAGACAUAGAGAAGCAUGGUUGUCAAUACUAACUCCUUUGCCAAGACUAUUUGUUCUAUCUGCUACGAAGAUCUCAAGCCCGUCGUCGAAGAUCUCCAAGCCAUCUCCAUCUGUGGCCAUGUCUUCCACGAACUCUGCUUGCAGCAAUGGUUCGAAUAUUGCUCGAAGUCAAAGAAUUGCAGCUGUCCCGUGUGCAAGCAGAGCUGCUCGGGAAUCAAUGUCGUUCGGCUUUACUUCCAAUCACUGGGGGAUCAAAACGAACCGUUUAUGUCCCAGAAGGUAAUUGAUUGCAAGGAGGAUCCUGAGCUAUUGCUUGGAGAGGUGAGAAGAUUGGAGGUCAAAGUGUCAGGCCUCACUUCAAAUUUGGAGCGUCAAGGGAAGGAAAUCCAACAGCUUAAUGAGGAGUUGUACAUCUGCAAGGACCAGUUGAAGAAAGAAGUCAUAUUGAAGAAUGAUGCCAUGGAACAAAAGACUUCAACUCAGCAACUGCUUAUUUCAAAAUCUAAGGAGCUUGAUUCUCUGAAGUCGGAGUGCUUAAGGCUGCAAGACAGGAACAUGGCCUUGGCCAAAGAGCUUGCAGCUCUUAAACUGGUAUCUGAUCUGAACCUGGAGGAAGAUGAAAUUUUAAAGCUUGCAUCUUUUGGUAAUGAGGCCAACAACAAAGAUACGAUAGAUAUUCUAAGGAAGUCCUUGGUCAUUCGUAAUGUGAGUUACAAAGAAUUAAUGGCCAAGUGCAAUCAACUUGGAAGGGGCGAGGCACGUUCCUGUAAAAAGCUUGAGAAGGCAAAAGAAAAGAUAAAUAAACUUAAGGCGAAGGUCAAAGAACUUGAGAUGGUGGUUGAAGUAAAGGAUAAUGCAGCUUUGAGGGCUUUAAAAGCCUCAAAGAAGGUUGAUUGUAAAGAGGAUGCUGUAAAUGGUACAAAUGUCAAUUCAAAUGAUUUUUCCACCUGUCAUUUUUUCUCAGAAGAUCAAAAGGAAAACCAUUCUAAAUCUGUGGUUAAAUUGGAUCAAACUGGAAAAUUGAACGGUGACCAAGGAAAUUUCAAUAUCAUUAAUGACAUGGGUGCCAUUUCCACCAAAGAGCAGACAAGCACCAUGGCUCUUAAUAAGGAGAGAAAUACUUGCUUUAUGAUAGAUGAGGCUGCUUCAGAAUUUCCUACAGUGCAUGUACUUUCAAAUACCGAUUCAAAAUAUCAAAACAGUGAAGAUGUGAAGUAUACAAUUGCUAAGUCAGAAGCAAUCUCUAACAUCAACAGCAAAGCUAAAGUGAAUGGACUAGCUAACCCAGGCGGCUUUUCUGGUAUAAUACCUUGCAUCAACAGGGAUAAAGGCAACACUUUGGCUGCUUCUACUGACGAGGAAGUUACCUUGAUUCUUGAUGAUGUCAAACAUGUUCAACCUAUGCUCAACAUUAAAAAAGAAUCCCCAUCCCUAGUUCCACUUUCCAGUCCAGGGAAUAUAUGCUUUUCUGGUGGGUUGCUGGGUCCUGAUGGAUCAAAUCGGUAUCUGGGGAAAUGGUGCAAGCGUGGCCAAAAUAAGGGAUCAGUGGCCUUGCCUGGUACAAGCGGUAGUGGUAGGGGGGAUUUAAUUGCAGUUGGAUCAGAUGGAAGAGGUGGUAGAAUUAAAGUUCUGAGGUCCCUGAAUCCAUCCUCAAUGGAUACUAAGGAAAAUUCUGCAACUGCAAAGAGGUGCAAGUAUGGAACCAAAGCAAGUAAUUUGCAGUCUCAAGGUUGUUUGCAAAUAGAACACUUCUUUGGGAAGGCCACUCAUUAAUCAAAGGUUUGCAUGUUUCAGUGGUGGUUUCUUGAGGCUGAGGAAAAAAAAUGUAGUUCAGUUAUGCUGUCUGGAUAUUUGGAACGAAGACACUUCGGGUUUAUUAAUUAGAUUUUCAUCUUCCGACCUCCUGGCCUUCCGUAAUUUAAUCCAGUGGCAAAAUUGUUGAUGCUUUCGUAAGUUUGCAGUCUACCACCACGACCAUAUCUUCAAAUGAUGUCAGGCAAUCUUUUCGGAUUGCGGGAUUAACUUAUUCAUUAGAAAAAAGAUGGCCUGCUGUUUUGAGUUUUGACUACUGCCCCUGUUAAAAGCCCCCUUUUGUUUAUAAAAAAAUAUUUUUCCUAUGUAUAGUAUUUAUUAGCCUAUGAAUAAUAUUUUGUUUACCCUUUGUGAUGA